AUGGAGGGGGUGAUAGCGGUUGCCAUGACAGGAGCGAUGUCAUCACUCCUAAGCAAGCUCGCGGCCUUGCUGGAGAAGAAGUACAGGCUGUCCAAAGAUGCGAAGAAGGAGAUCAUCUCUUUGAAAGAUGAGAUGAGCUCUAUGAAUGCUCUGCUCCUGAAGCUGUCUAGGUUCGACGAGCUCGAUGAGCAACAGAAGGACUGGCGUGACAAGGUCCGUGAGCUAUCUUAUGGUAUGGAAGACUGCAUCGACAUAUUCAUGAAUGAUCUUGAUAGUGCUGAUGCCAAGGAUGGGCUUUUGGGUGAACUAAAGAAGCUCAAGGCUCACUACAAGAUUGCUAACAGAAUUGAAGAACUCAAGGCUCAGGUCUUGGAAGCAAGCGAUCGUCACAAUAGAUAUAAGCUUGAUGAGCAUGUUGGUUCUUCUCGGGGCCCUGAAGCUAUUGACCCUCGUGUACAGGCACUCUACACCGAGGCCAGUAGCCUUGUAGGUAUAGAUCGCCCAAAGGACAAGCUUACCGAGUUGCUGAGGAUGGAGGAGAAUGCACCACAACUUCAUGUGGUAUCAGUUGUUGGAUUUGGAGGCAUGGGCAAGACAACGCUUGCCAAACAAGUUCAUGAUAAGAUCAAAAGCCAAUUUGAUUGCACAGCCUUUGUAUCGGUGUCUCAAAAUCCCAGUCUUAUCAAGGUAUUGUCAGAUAUACUCUCUGGAGUUUGGGGGCAGGUGCCUUCUUUCCUGAAUGAAGAGCGCCAACUGAUCGACAAACUUAGGGAAGUUCUCCAAAACAAAAGGUACCUCAUCGUCAUUGAUGAUAUAUGGACAAUGGAAGCCUGGAACAUUAUCAAAUGUUCUUUGAUGGAGAAUAAUAAUGGCAGUAGAGUUAUAACAACUACACGUAUUGAAGAUGUAGCUCAGGCAUGUUCUUGUUCACAUGGCCAUGUUUAG